AUGUUUGGAGAAAAACAAUCGCUCUUCAGCACUCGUUAUAAAUGCUUUCAAACAGUAAAAAAUGAUUUGGAAGACUACACAUCCUACAUAGCAAGAGUAAAUCGACAGUGUGAAAAAUUUCAGCCAGAUAAAUGCAGCAGUUAUAACUUGAAAUGCUUAAUAUUUGCUAGCGGCCUACAAUCUACAAAAGAUGCACUUUUUCGUAAUGAAAUUCUUAAAAUGCUGGAUGAAGAAAAACCCAGUAAACCAGUUACUUUGGAUUUGAUAAAUGCGGAAAUUCAACGAACACUUCUACGUCAGCAGGACAUUAAAAUGAUCGGAAAUACUCCAUCGAUUACGCAUGCAGUUCGUACGCAGGCAAACCAGAGCCAAAAACAGUUAAAGAAAAAUAUCACGAAAACUCCACCUUCUCCAUGUUGGUUUUGCGGAGAAAUGCACUAUGCUCGUUAUUGUUUAUACGCGAGUCACAAGUGUUCACAAUGUGGAACCACUGGUCAUAAAGAAGGAUAUUGCAGCGCAAAGAAACGUGGUGCGUUCAAACGCAACAAGCAGCAAAAAGACAGUUCGCCGCAACAACAACAACAACAACAACAAAAGAGUGUACAAAAGCAGCAAACACACAAUACACUGAAAUCUACCGAGUCUACUGCACAAACUAGAAUAAUAACCGAUUUCUCACAACUGAGAAGACACAUCGCAAUUUUAAUAAAUGGUAUUAAAACUCAACUACAGCUGGACACCGCUUCAGACUGCACUAUAAUUUCGCAAAAAAUACAGCCUAUUCGGCUCAGCGAACCACCUUGGUCUAACAUAAAAUUAUGUCGCCUGAGGAAUAAGAAAAAUAAGGGUAAAAUUCGAAGUCCCGCCAUACGAGUGUGA